CAUGUGCGAGUGCCGGUCGGGUUAGUGUGUGGACAAGGAGCAGAAACCAGGAACGCAUAGAUCAAGGCUUGAGACGGACGAUCGGAACACCGAGCCGGACAGGCCGUCUCGCGGGAUCCGAGCGGGGGUAAGAAAGAGGGCUUACCGCGCGAUGAUGGCACGUUCCUGCUAGGAAGCGAAGAGCGCCGCAGACUCCGGGAGACUUCAACGCAACGCAAGCCCGUAAGCGGAAGCUCCUUCUGCUUCCUCCGAGAUCCCGAUACCCGCUGCCGGAUGUGCUAGAGCGGGACAGAAAUCAUGGUACAGCCCAGCGAGGUCCGCCUUUGGCUCAGACUGCUACUGACACCGCUGGCCCCGCUAGUGCCCCGGAGCGUCCGGCGGCCGUCCCGUUCGUUCGAUGUGCUGCGCCAGGUCCUGCAGCUGUCCCUGCUGAUGCUGGUGUACUGCAACGGGCUGACCGCUGGCAGCUGGUGGCGCAUCGCUGACCUCUCACUGGAUGCGGGCCACUUCCACCGGGACAACCGCAGCUUCGAGCUGUGUGGCGACAGCAGCUUCUUCACACUGGCCCAGCGCGACAAGUGCUACGAUAAUCCGGAACUGCUGAGGGUGAUUGUACAUGCGGCCAACACGGCCAAAUACGAGUGCCAAACGUACUUCCAGAACAACCGCUGGAACUGCUCGGCCAAGCGUGGAGCCACCAUCUUCUACGGGAACUUUGACGACAAAGGAAACCGUGAAACGGCCUAUUUGAGUGCCAUUAACUCCGCGUCGCUUGCGUGGACCAUCACCCGGUACUGCACCAAAGGCGAGCUGACCACCUGCCACUGUGACCACAUCCAGCGCAAGAAGCACAGCAAAUUUACCUGGGGUGGCUGCUCGGAGGACAUCAACUACGGCAUCAAGCAGGCGCGAAUUUUCACCGAUCCACAGGAAAACCGCACGGCCAGCUUCGGGCUGAUGAAUCUGCACAACAACGAAGCGGCACGACGAAUAUUAAGGUCGAAGAUGGAAAAAGUCUGUAAAUGCCACGGAAUGUCCGGCUCGUGCACGACACGUGUCUGCUGGCGGCGGCUUCCGUCGAUGAAGCUGAUUGCCGACACGUUAGGCUCGAUGUUCGACGCAGCGGCCCAAGUGAAGCCCGUCGAAAACAAGGGUGUCAUUAAGAAGCUGAUCCGCAAGGACGUCGAGUACAAGAAGGUGAAUAAGUCCGACCUGGUGUACAUUGCCGAGUCACCGAAUUAUUGUGAAGAAAAUGAAAGUUUGGGCAUCUUCAGCACUCGCGGUCGAUUCUGCAACCGAACCUCGUACGGCAUCGAAGGCUGUCGGCUGCUGUGCUGCGGCCGCGGAUAUCAAACCCGCGUGCGCAAUGUGGAGGAAAACUGCAACUGCCAGUUCGUCUGGUGCUGCUCGGUCAAGUGUGACAAGUGCAGUAUGCGCAAGGACGAGCACAUCUGCAACUGAAAGGGGAACGGAACGCGGCGUGGUUACCUGUCCUCCGCGUAACGGGCAGCC